CGUCAAUCGUCAUUUUGUUAGACAUUUUGUUUUGAAAUUUAUUACAAAAGUAAUGUUUUAGGUAUUAAAUAUUGACCGUAAUAAAAUUGUGUUAACCUAAUACGGUGACAAAAACAAAGUAUGAAAUAAGCGCAGCUUAAGUUUGUAUUAUAAAGAUGGCGCAACGUUUCCCGUCUGGCGGGCCUAGCCCUGCACCGCCUGCCGGGGCUAUUCCUCCACAGCAACGCUACCCGGGGCCAGCACAGCCACAAGGUUCGCCUAUGCCCCCUAGACCAUACUCCGGACCGAACUUCCCACAGCGGAGUGGAUUCACUCCCCCACCAACAGGCGGCGGAGGCGGCGUUCGACCAGGGUACGCGCCCCCCACCGCCGCGCCGCCGCCCGCGCCCGCUCAGUACGCGCGCGCGCCCGCCGCACAGCCGGCGCCGCCCGCCAAACGACCCAACGAUGCGCGCGCGCCGCUGCCGCCGCAACACAAGCCCGGACAUUAUGGCGGGGACGGAUACGGCGGGCCGGGCGGCAAGCGCAAGAAGCGUCUGGCCGACAAGAUCCUGCCACAGAAGGUGCGCGACCUAGUGCCGGAGUCGCAGGCCUACAUGGACCUGCUGGCCUUCGAGCGCAAGCUGGACGCCACCAUCAUGCGCAAGCGCCUCGACAUACAGGAGGCGCUCAAGCGGCCCAUGAAGCAGAAGCGCAAGCUUCGUAUUUUCAUCUCCAAUACCUUUUAUCCGGGUCAGGGCGACGGCGCGGUGGCGUCGUGGGAGCUGCGCGUGGAGGGCCGCCUGCUCGAUGACUCCAAGAACGACCCGCACAAGGUGAAGCGCAAGUUCUCGUCGUUCUUCAAGUCUCUGGUGAUCGAGCUGGACAAGGAGCUGUACGGCCCCGACAACCACCUGGUGGAGUGGCACCGCACGCUCACCACUCAGGAGACUGACGGCUUUCAGGUGAAGCGGCCGGGGUACAAGAACGUGCGGUGCACAAUCCUGCUGCUGCUGGACUACCAGCCGCUGCAGUUCAAGCUGGACGGGCGGCUGGCGCGGCUGCUGGGCGUGCACACGCAGGCCCGCCCCGUCAUCGUCAACGCCCUGUGGCAGUACGUCAAGACGCACAAGCUGCAGGACCCGCACGAGCGCGAGUACGUGGUGUGCGACAAGUACCUGGAGCAGAUAUUCGGGUGCUCGCGCAUGAAGCUGGCGGAGGUGCCGGCGCGGCUCGGCGCCCUGCUGCACGCCCCCGACCCCAUCGUCAUCAACCACCUCAUCACCGUCGAGCCGCCGCACGACGCCAAGCAGACCGCCUGCUACGACAUCGACGUGGAGGUUGACGACACCCUCAAGAAUCAGAUGAACAGUUUCCUGCAGAGCACCGCCAACCAGCAGGAGAUCCAGGGACUCGAUGCUAAAAUACACGAAACCGUGGACACGAUCAACCAGCUGAAGACGAACCGCGAGUUCUUCCUCAGCUUCAGCAAGGACCCGCAGCAGUUCGUGCAGAAGUGGCUGCUCUCGCAGUCGCGCGACCUCAAGACUCUGGGCGGCGGCGUGACGGGGUCGGGCGGGGCGGAGGAGGAGCGGCGGUCGGCGCUGUACGCGGGGGCGUGGGCGGACGAGGGCGCGGCGCGGUACCUGCACGCCCGCCUCGCCGCCAGACGCCGCGACCUCGACGCCGCGCUGCACGCCCCGCCCCACGCCCAGCCCCACGUCCCGCCCCACGCCCCGCCCCAGCCGCACCUCCAGCGACUCUAAUACUACAUACUUACUACACUUAUAUACUUGCUUCUCUA